UAAAUAGGUACCUGGGAGUUAGUCAGCUGUCACGGGCUGCUUCCUGGGGGUGGAGGCCUGGUCGAGGACCGGGCCGCGGGGACACUAAAAAGCCCCGAAAUCAUCUCAAGAUAACCUAUAACCUGACCCGUAAAUUGUUGAGUAGAAAGAUGAACAAAAAAAUUAUUGAAACAAUGAGUAAUAAAGAAAGCAACAGGACUUUACUGACUUGUAAAGUUGUCAAUAAUGCACGAGUAACGAGCUGGCGGCGCUGGCACGUUGGUAGGCUGAGUAGUGAUCCUUAUUUGGUAACGUGUAGAGAGUUCAACAAAGUCCCGCUCAUCCGGGACUUGGCGAGGAGGAAACUUGGCUCCGAGGACUGCAGACUUCUGAUGAGGGAGACUUUCGCCACUCUUCAGAUUCCCACUAGUUUCACCCUUCUAGACAGCGGCUGCACGGGCUGUCAACGACUAGACAAUGGCUGUACGAGCUGUCAACGACUAGACAGCGUCAGCACGGGCUGUCAACGACUUGACAACAGUUGCACAAGCUGUCAACGACUUGAUAGUGGCUGUGCGACCUGUCAACGACUUGACAGCAGCUGCACGAGCUGUCAACGAGUUGAUAGCGACUACACGAGCUGUCAACGACUAGACAGCGGCUGUAAGAGCUGUCAACGACUAGACAGCAUCAGCACGGGCUGUCAACGACUUCGUAUCAUUAACUUGACUUUCUCCGUUCAAGGGAAUAUCGUCUAUUUUAACGAAAAGCUAAACGAAUUUAUUCUCGUUCAAAAGACAGUGAAGCUGGAACGUGUGAACAUCUAUGUCCGUGAACGUUAUUUGGAUAACGAAGAGAACACUUAUGAACACUUUCCGGUGUCUCGGUGUUGCAUACCAUUACAACAGCAAAGCUUUAAGUUCCAAGUUUACCCGCUACAUAAAACUGAGACAUAUAGCCAUCAUGACCUGAAAAGUUACCUUGUCACACGGGCCGGGAAACACACGGGCAGAGAAAGUUCUAAAUGUUCAGGUGAACACAUCGAGGCGGCAGAACAAGAUGGGGCAGAGAACUCAAGAUUAAAAGUCUUAGCGUCCGAACGAACGCAAGUCUUAGGCUUCGAAGGAACGCAAGGCUUAGAGUCCGAACGAACGCAAGUCUUAGGCUUCGAAGGAACGCAAGGCUUAGGCUUCGAACGAACGCAAGUCUUAGGCUUCGAACGAACGCAAGGCUUAGAGUCCGAACGAACGCAAGUCUUAGGCUUCGAAGGAACGCAAGGCUUAGAGUCCGAACGAACGCAAGUCUUAGGCUUCGAAGGAACGCAAGGCUUAGAGUCCGAACGAUCGCAAGUCUUAGGCUUCGAACGAACGCAAGGCUUAGAGUCCGAACGAACGCAAGUCUUAGGCUUCGAACGAACGCAAGGCUUAGAGUCCGAACGAACGCAAGUCUUAGGCUUCGAACGAACGCAAGGCUUAGAGUCCGAACGAACGCAAGUCUUAGGCUUCGAACGAACGCAAGGCUUAGAGUCCGAACGAACGCAAGUCUUAGGCUUCGAACGAACGCAAGGCUUAGAGUCCGAACGAACGCAAGUCUUAGGCCUCGAACGAACGCAAGGCUUAGAGUCCGAACGAACGCAAGUCUUAGGCUUCGAAGGAACGCAAGGCUUAGGCUUCGAACGAACGCAAGUCUUAGGCUUCGAACGAACGCAAGGCUUAGAGUCCGAACGAACGCAAGUCUUAAGGUUCGAACGAACGCAAGGCUUACAGUCCGAACGAACGCAAGUCUUAGGCUUCGAACGAACGCAAGGCUUAGAGUCCGAACGAACGCAAGUCUUAGGCUUCGAACGAACGCAAGGCUUAGAGUCCGAACGAACGCAAGUCUUAGGCUUCGAACGAACGCAAGGCUUAGAGUCCGAACGAAAGCAAGUCUUAGGCUUCGAACGAACGCAAGGCUUAGAGUCCGAACGAACGCAAGUCUUAGGGUUCGAACCAGAAUCCAGGAGCCUUCGUCGGACGAUCAGGAUCAACACGUCCGAUGUUGAAGCUGGCUACCAGACAGGUUCUGCUGACCACAGCCCCAGUAUGGUCCGAGGCGUGAGGGUGUGGCUCAAGGUGUGGCCUCUGCUUCUCCUCCUACUGAUGCCCGCCCUGGCGUCGGCCGAAGCAGACUGGCAGCCACUGCUGUCUGCUCCGUCCCUGAACGUGACGGUUGCUGCUGGACGGCAGGCCAAGCUCACCUGUCUGGUGGAGAACCUGGCAGACUACAAGGUGGCGUGGACGCACUACGGACGCAGAGGACGGGCCGUGCUGACUGUGGACACCGUCGUUAUCACCAAGAACGAUCGGGUGUCACUGGCUAAGGAGCGAGGUGGCACCUCUUGGUCCCUAGUCAUCACCAACGUCACCACCACUGACCAGGGACUCUACCUGUGCCAGCUCAACACCGUCCCACCUCACAAACUCUACUUCCACAUCACCGUUGUGGCAAUCUUAGACUUCGUGGAAUGUGUGAUGGUGAUGAUGUCUGCCUCGCCAGCGUCGCCGGUGAUAGUGAGGCCUCCAGAGGACGUAGUGGCAGUGGAGGGGGAGGAUGUCGUCCUCGAGUGUGAGGCUAAGGGUGACCCAGAGCCAGUCCUCACCUGGCGCAGGGAGCAUCCGGCCCACCUGUCUCUCAACCACUCCCACGGUGAGUCUGACUGGUAA